CAAGUAAUGCCCUUACCGGAAGUGACGAUUCUCCUAUUCCUUCACCGGGGUCAUUGGAACGGCCCUGUUUCCGGCUUGUCCUUGAGCUGUGUCCGCAGACAUGCUGUCCCGUUGCCUUACCCGGGCCCUUCGUCGCCCUUUGACCGCACUCAGACGGGGCCCUGGUGAGGCACAGAGUCGCCCUCUUGUUGAGAUAUCUGGGUGCUGUACAACACCAGUUACUGACUGCGGGAAGCCCAGAGUAUCUAGCUCUGUUUUGAGCCAAGUCAGAUUCUACAGAACCUCCCUUGUCUACCGGCAGGAUGCUGUAACAGUUAAUACUCCAGCAUUUGCAGAGUCUGUAACGGAAGGAGAUGUCAGGUGGGAAAAAGCUGUUGGUGACAGUGUCUCUGAGGAUGAAGUGGUGUGUGAGAUUGAAACUGAUAAGACCUCAGUUCAGGUACCAUCCCCAUCUGCAGGGGUAAUUGAGGCUCUUCUUGUCCCAGACGGAGGAAAAGUUGAAGGUGGAACACCACUAUUUGUGCUGAGAAAGUCUGGAGCUGCUCCUUCUAAGGCCAAACCAGCCGAGACGGUGGCAACUCCACUUGCCCAAGCACCUCAACCUGCUCCACCUUCUGCUCCCUCAUCUGGGCCUAUUCCUACUGUCAUCCCACCAGUGCCUCCUGUAUCUACACAGCCUCUGGAGUCCAAACCUGUGUCUGCAGUAAAGCCAUCUUCUGCUUCCGUUAUGGCUGAUGCUACCCAGCCAGCAAGUGCACGAUCAGAGCAUAGGGUGAAGAUGAACCGAAUGCGUCAGAGAAUUGCACAGCGUCUGAAAGAAGCACAGAACACUUGUGCCAUGCUGACAACUUUCAAUGAAGUUGAUAUGAGUAACAUUCAGCAGAUGAGAUCCAUACACAAAGACGCUUUUCUGAAGAAACACAGCUUGAAAUUAGGAUUCAUGUCAGCCUUUGUUAAAGCUUCAGCCUUUGCCCUUCAGGAUCAGCCAGCUGUCAAUGCCGUAAUCGACGAUACAACCAAGGAGAUUGUGUACAGAGACUAUAUAGAUAUCAGUGUGGCUGUGUCUACCCCCCGGGGUCUUGUAGUUCCUGUACUGAGAAAUGUGGAAUCUAUGAACUUUGCAGGUAUAGAGAGGACAAUUGCUGAGCUAGGGGAAAAGGCUCGAAAGAAUGAACUGGCUAUAGAGGAUAUGGAUGGAGGGACCUUCACAAUUAGUAACGGUGGGGUCUUUGGCUCCAUGUUUGGGACACCUAUCAUCAAUCCUCCACAGUCUGCUAUCUUGGGAAUGCAUGGCAUAUUUGAUCGUCCUGUGGCUGUGUCAGGCAAGGUGGAGGUCCGUCCUAUGAUGUAUGUAGCCUUGACUUAUGAUCAUCGUCUUAUCGAUGGCAGAGAAGCGGUGUUGUUUUUGCGCAAGAUCAAAUCUGCAGUAGAAGAUCCCCGUGUAUUGCUGCUGGAUUUGUGAGGUUCUUCCAGUUCACAAGGACUUUUUCUUUAUAUACCAUUUCCCUAUUUUUAUGUUUAUUAUGUGAUACAUCUGGGACCUCACAACUACCCCUCCAGAAUCCAGUUGGUGGAUGCCAGUGUAUUUUAAAGACUUUAAAGUAUCCCUAGCAAAGUCCUUCUCUCUUCCCUGUGAAACUGAAGCAUGUCUGCAAGUAGGGUCCUCCAUGGGCAAGGCUGGCACACCUCAGUUGGGUACAGACACUGCACCAUUUUUGUUUGCCCUGCGAGAUGGCUGUUUUGGCCUCACCCUCACAAGCUGCUUCUUGUAGCCAAUAAUGAGGGUGUAUACACUUUACUGCUGGCACCUUGCUAUAUGCCAUUGUAUGGAGUUAACUACAAUAUUUAAUUAUAUUGAUUUUAAAUGUUAAAUAAAUUCUAUUAAAAAUUC